AUGAUAACAGAUGUUCUCGAUAAUCGAGAAAAUUCUAGAAUUAGAGAACUGAAAGACAAAUUGAACGAAAUUGCUAAAUAUGUGGUUGAUGAUGAUAAACUUGCAGAGCUUCUGAUAGCAGAGACCAAGACUACAGACUUGAACGAAACAAAUUUUUAUAAAGCUCUCAAUGAGACUGAUAAUAUAAAUUUAUUCUACGGGAGUGAACCGAAGAACUUGUAUUUGAAACUGAAGGAAAAAAUGAAUAGAGAUGACAUUAUGAAAAUACUUUCUGAAAAAGCUGACAGUAGCAAGUUAGUUAAAGCGGCUAGGCGGAUGAUAGAAAAUGAUCAUGGGACUAAAUCGUUUAUUGAUAACGAUGUUGUCGAUAUUAUAGUGGACAAAAUGAUAGCUGAGAAACCCAGAGAUGAUCAUACAUUUGACUUUAAUAAGGAUGACAAUAAAUAUUGGGACCCGCAAGGCGAGCUAGAAGAUCUGAAAGAGUAUCACCAGCACGACGGUCGCAGGAUAUUCAAGGGUGAACGAACAACCAUCAAGCACUACCCCUUCAUGGCCUCCAUCCACGUGAUGGGGCGCUUUUGGUGCGGCGGUGUGCUGUAUUGGCACGAUCUGGUACUCACCUCGGCGUCCUGCUUGCAACUGAUGCACAAUAACCGAUACUUCAGGGAGAACCCGAAAGCGCUUUACGUGAGGAUUGGAAGCAAUCACAGCAGGAUAGGAGGAGAGUCUAUACACGCACUAGAAGUUUUCUUCCACCCCGGCUACAACCCCCGCAGCUUGAAACACAACAUCGCGAUAAUAAGGUUGCGCCGACAUUUAUUCUUUGGUUACCACCGAGUGCCCAAGAUCAUAAACCUUUCGCCCAGUGCUGAGGGUCUGGCACCUACUUCUGAAGUACUGGUUUUAGGCUGGGGUGUUACCAAGAUGUCACAGAGGCUGGCGUACGAACCCGUUUUUCUGAAUAGAAAGUUUCUGCCCAUCUAUCCGAACAUUUUCUGCAAGGAGAUAUAUGGAGACAAAUUCAUAUCAUCCACCAUGUUCUGCGCUGGUACAAUGACAACAGGAGAAGGCGCUUGUGAUCAUGACGCAGGCGGUCCAGCGGUGCUAGCAGGCAAGCUGGUGGGUCUCAUAUCCUUCGGGCCCGCAAUAUGCGGGUACCCCAAUGCGCCCACUGUGUUCACACUGGUUGGCGCCUACAUGGACUGGAUUGAGAGUGUGAAUGAAACUAUGCCAGAUUACUACAAAGGCAAGAAGCGGACAACAACGCCGGACCCCUUCACACUCUUCGAAGACUUGAAGUUUAGCAAGAUGAAAUUCAGUAAGUUCACCUCAACGGACGCCGAGUCCACCAUCACCACCGCGCUCCCCACCACCACCACACCAGCCGAGCUCCGAAACAGAUUCGUCCACGCUGACGAGGGCUGGAGCCUUGAUAUCGAUUAA